AUGUCAUCGCCAAGCAAACGCAGAGAAAUGGAUAUGAUGAAGCUGAUGAUGAGCGAUUAUAAAGUGGAGACGAUCAACGAUGGCAUGCAAGAGUUCUUCGUUGAAUUCAAUGGACCCAAAGACAGCCUGUAUCAAGGAGGUGUGUGGAAGAUAAGAGUUGAGCUUCCAGAUGCUUAUCCUUACAAAUCUCCAUCUGUUGGUUUCAUCACUAAGAUUUAUCACCCAAAUGUUGAUGAACUGUCAGGUUCUGUUUGUUUAGAUGUGAUUAACCAGACUUGGAGCCCAAUGUUCGACCUUGUGAAUGUGUUUGAGACAUUUCUUCCUCAGCUUCUUCUGUAUCCAAACCCAUCAGAUCCGUUGAAUGGAGAAGCUGCUGCCUUGAUGAUGCGUGAUCGUCCUGCUUAUGAACAGCGAGUCAAAGAAUACUGUGAAAAGUAUGCAAAACCAGGGGAAGGUUCAGAAGAUAAGUCUAGUGAUGAAGAACUAAGUGAAGAGGAAUAUGGUUCUGACGAUGAUGAAGAUGAUGAUGACGAUGUUGCGAUUGCGAUUGCAGGCAAACCAGAUCCUUGA